GACACGCGAACUUGGAUUGUCUCGUGUGUGUGGCACGACCUGAGACUUGCGAUUUCUCCAUUUCCUCUCCCCAAAACAAAAUCUCCAUUUUCUCCGACCACCGGAGACACCAAAAAAUGUUCAGUCGCCUAGCUGCCCAACGCCUUAACGAGAUCCGUACGGCCUUUAGCCGGACUACUCAGGCAUCGCGAUCUUUUUCUACUGCACUCAACUAUCACAUUGAUACACCGGACAACAAUCCGGACCUUGCUUGGGAGUUUAACGAUAAAAACAAGCAAAAGGUGAAGGAGAUACUGUCUUUCUAUCCAUCCAACUAUAAGCAAUCUGCAGUGAUUCCUUUGUUGGAUCUUGCACAGCAACAACAUGGGGGGUGGCUACCUGUUUCGGCAAUGAAUGCAGUGGCUAAGGUUAUUGAAGUCGCCCCAAUUCGUGUAUAUGAGGUUGCAACUUUCUACACGAUGUUCAACAGGACAAAAGUUGGCAAAUACCACCUUCUGGUUUGUGGCACAACACCUUGUAUGGUCCGUGGUUCAAGAGGUAUCGAAGAAGCUAUACUGAAUCACCUGGGAGUAAAGCGCAAUGAAGUAACCAAGGAUGGCUUAUUUUCUGUUGGUGAGAUGGAAUGCAUGGGGUGCUGUGUAAAUGCUCCAAUGAUGACGGUGGCUGACUAUUCCAAUGGAUCUGAAGGAUAUGCUUACAAUUAUUAUGAGGAUCUCACUCCAAAGAGAGCUGUAGAGAUUGUUGAGGCGUUCAAGAAAGGUGAAAAACCACCGCGCGGCACUCAGAACCCAGGUCGUAUCAAUUGUGGACCGGAAGGAGGAAAUACUACAUUAUUAGGUGAGCCUAAGGCUCCUCCUUGCCGGGAUCUAGAUGCUGUGGAGUAAAUUUGUUCUUGUUGUUCAGUUCUUAAUAAUGCAAAACAAUGGAUGGGGAGAGGCAUCCCAUGUCAUAUGCAGUAAAUUACCUACUGCAUUGAAGUUUAAAAAUUGUUUCGUCUGUGAGUAUGAUUACAGGUGGAAUUAUUCUUGUUUUUUAAUCCAUUAACUUGUACCAGAUCUAGUGAAAGUGCUUGUUUUGGGUCAGGAUGUCA